CAAGGUGCACCCCCUCAUACCACUUGUAUUUUCUUCAUCCCAGAGAGAGAGAGAGGCAUGGAUCAAAGUGAGCAGUACCUAAAUAGUUUGACUCAAUACCUAAAUAAGAAGGUGAUCCAGUUGCUAAUAAUCUCACUUUCUUUCCUUUCCUUUUCCUUUCUCUCUCUCUCUUUCUCUUCGCCAUGCUACUCUUUCUUCCUCCAUUACUUCAACUUAUACUUGUCUGGAUUUCCUUUCCAACUCUUGACCCAAUAUUCCUUGCACAGAAACUAUAUCUUCCUCAUUUGUAAUGGAAUCUUGGUCCUCCUUGCAAAGACCUCCGGCUUCAUCAAUAUCCUUUCUCCGUCCGUCGACUCUGAUCUUAAUGACCACUCAGUUCUGAUCAAUGGAGAUAGUUUGCAAUCAUCAAAAGAGUCACUAAUGAUAGAGAAAGAACAAGUUUCGGUGGAAUAUUUAGAUGAAGAACAUGAGCCAGCUGGAAUUGUGAAUUUCAAUACAAAAUUAGGAGGAGAAGAAAAACAAGAAGAGACUGAAAAAGGGUCGAGUGGCUUUAUAAUUCAAGAAGAAAAAGAAGAAGAAGAAGAAGAAGAGGAGGAGGAAGAUGGAAAUGAUGAUGAGUUGUUAAAUAGAGAAGAGCUGAACAAGAAAUUUGAUGAUUUUAUUCGAAGGAUGAAGCAAGAAAUCAGGAUUGAAGCUCAACACCAACUAGUCAUUGUUUAGUACUGAUUCCUCCUCAUCUUUGAAUUUUCAAAGAAUACUGAAAGUAUCAAAUCUUGCUCCCUAAAUUUGGAAUUUGAAGAAAUUUAGUUAAAAAUUUAUAUUAAUUUUUUUUGGAUUCCAAAUUCAAUGGGCUGAUUUAGCACUUCCAAACAUAAAAAUGACACGGUAAACUUUUAGGUACUCUGGAUUGUGCUCUCAUUCAAUAGGAAGAUAUUGUUCUCUGUAAUAUAGAAAAAUAAGAAUAAGUCUUUGCUGGAUGAAAGCCUGAGUUAUUGGGCAAUCCAGGGGUACCCAAUCUGCAAUUCUGAUUUUAUUAUGCUGCUGUUUUUGCAAUGUAUAGUCUCAUAUGUAUAGUAAAAAUCUAUGAUCUGUUCAGUCUCGUUCAAUCUUCGUCUGCUUCUGUUUUUGCAAUGUAUAGUCUCAUAUGUAUAAUAAAAUUCUAUGAUAUGUUCAGUCUC